AUGAGUUUUGGAAAAAUUUUCAGACUUUUUUUAGGAGGUGUAUUCAACAUUGAAUAUUCGGAAUCUGAGCUUUUACCACUCAUUAUGAGAACAUUUGUCAUGAAAAUAACCACACACAGAAAAUACUUAGCGUUGACUGAUAAUUUUAUCUAUGAAAACGCUAUCGUGGAGGAUUAUUGUAUUUUUUCCUUCUAAUGAAGACUGAGGAUGGCAGAUUAUACAAAUCAUUAAUAUGCGUUGUGAUCGAUUUCUUUAUGCGCGCCAAAUAAAAGCGCGCUAAAGGAUAUGCGCAAAGAAUCCUAGUAAGAGCGUACAGUCCAACAAUAUUCUGUGCUGUGAAGAAAAGCUACUGUGACAUUGAGACUUGUAUCGACACAGAAGGUUGCUAAAUUCGAGUGGAUGAUGUUUUAAAAGUUGUUUCAUAGUUGUUUGCUGUCGUAACAAUGUCCGAAGAUUGCUUGGAAACUAAUCUGCAAAAGAUAUUCGGUCACCAUGAAUUCAAAAGCGAAACGCAAAGGCGUGCUGCGAAAGCCGUCUUCGAAAGGGAAAAAGAUGUUUAUAUCUGCAUGCCCACGGGCGCUGGGAAGUCGCUGUGUUUUCAGCUGCCUGCUGCAAUGCAAAAAGAUAAAGUUGCAUUGAUCUUUUCACCAUUGAUAGCUCUGAUCAAGAAUCAAAUAGAUAUUCUAGACUCAUUUAACAUCAAUGUGAAAACAUUGAAUUCAAAGACUCGAGUGAAAGAGAAAGCUUCUAUAGUAAAAGAUCUGCAGUCUAAACAACCAAAACUGAAAAUGUUGUACGUUACACCAGAGAUGGCUACUACGCGCGGUUUCCAGACUCUAGUUAAGAAAAUGUACACUGCCGGUGUGAUUUCAUAUAUUGUGCUCGACGAAGCCCAUUGUUUGAGUCAAUGGGGUCAUGAUUUCAGGCCUUCAUACAGAGAAUUGGGGAUAUUCAGAGAAAUGUGUCCAAAUGUGCCAAUUAUUGCAUUAACGGCAACAGCCGAUAAAGAGGUUGUAGCCGACAUAUUUUCUGUAUUGAAAAUGCAGAAUCCUGCACGUUUUGUGCUUCCAGUCUUUCGAGAUAACCUGUACUAUGAUUUGAUGUUUAUGGAAACAUUGAACAAUCCACUUGAACAUCUCAAAGACUUUAUUACUAAAGCACUAGGUACCGUUGAUGAAUCUGCUUCUCCGAUGCAACGAAAUUGUGGGAUAGUUUAUUGUCGGAAGAAGGAUACCACCUCUAGCUUAGCUGAAAGUCUGACUACUAUGGGUAUUAAGGCUGUAUCUUAUCACGCGGGUCUAAGUACUUUAAUUCGAACUGCAAAUCAGAAUGCAUGGAAUAGUGGAAAGGUUCAGGUCAUUGUAGCGACCUGCAGUUUUGGAAUGGGAGUCGACAAAGGGCCAGUCAGGUUUGUUGUACACUGGUCGGUACCACACACAGUUGCUGGGUACUACCAGGAAUCGGGAAGAGCAGGGAGAGACGGCAAACCUGCUCGGUGCCGGAUCUAUUUCAGCAAACAAGAACAUGAUGCGAUAGAUUAUAUUCUGCGCAAUUCAAAAGAUUCGAAUAUUCAGAACGCGGCUCUGGCGCAGAAAAACUUUCAACGAAUGGUGGCUUAUUGCCUGGAAGCCAAAUGUCGCCACGCACAAUUCUCAAAAUUCUUUGGUGACAAACCUCCAGCCUGUGGAAAUCGAUGUGAUUGUUGUGAAAACAAAAAGGGAGUUCAGAAUCGGAUCGAGGAAUUUCGUAGCAUUAAAUUUGAAAACAAAACAUCGAUUGAAAGUUCUGUGGCAGAUGGUGUUGCACUUCCAAAGUAUGACGUGCUUGAAUCAGAUACUGAGAGUGACAAUUCUGGACCAGGAUUUGAAGCAAUGAAGGCGCAAGAAAAACGUGAAGCUAAAGAAUUGCUUACUCAGCAAUUUGCUUUACGCAGAGGAAAUGCAAAGCCUGAAGCAGUAAGACUGCCGAGUCACCAAAUUAAAAUGGCUGCAUCUGAAGCACAUGUAAAAUCUGCAGAAGCGACACAUGUUAAAGUAAAGGGACUAACAAUAGAGUCGCGAGAGUACUUCUACAAUUAUUUGGUUGAUCUACUGACAGAGAAUCACAAAAUAUUCAAGAAUCAUCACAAGAUGAUUUCAAUCAACGCAGAAGACAUAAGUUCCUUAGCGCAAGAGCUCGAAUACACCAUUUUCAGUCGUACCGUAGCUGCUAAUGUUUACCGAUUUAAUAUUGCAAAAGUUGUUAAAUCCAUUAAGGACUCUAACAAGUCAAGAAUCCUUGAUCUUAAUUUGGAAAAUUAUGAACCAGGUGCAAAAAAGGCUACAUCUCCCAAGAAAUCUUUAAAAGCAGCAGAAGAGAAAAAAAAAUCAUCAAAGAAUGGUUGUGACUUUGUAACGGCCAAAGUCAUUUAUAAUGAUGCUCAACAAGCCGCGAAUUCAUCAGCAAAUCCGAAUGUCGCAAAAUGCUCCGUGACUGAGUUAUCUGGAAAGUCUUCACAAACGCGUGAGCCUAUAGAUUCCCAGGCAUCAGAUCGACCGAAAACCAGCUGUGAUUUUGUAUCCACAAGAGACAUUAACCAAAGUUCUCAAAAACCAAAAAAAAAAUCAUCAAAGAAAGCAGUCAAAAUGAGAUCUGUGACAGAGUUUUUCAAAAAAUCUUCCACCUUACGUGAGCAAGCAAUUUCUGAGACACCAAAAGAAUCAGAGGCCAAGUGUGAUUUUGUACCGACAGAAAACAUUUGUGACAGCGCUCAACAAUCUGAUGACGAAAGACCCUCAUCACCUGCAAAUCUCAAAGUAAGACCAUUGAAAGAGUUUCUUGAAAAAUCUCCUAUGGUGUGUGAGCAACCAGUUUCUGAGAAACCAGAGGAAUCAGAGACCAACUCCAACUCUGUUCCAGUGAUAGAAAAUUCAUCAGAUUCAGGAGAAUCUGAUAAAAAGCAAUCAGCAAAUCCGAAGAUGAAAACGCGCUGCAUAACUAAGUCUCUUGAAACAUCUUCAAAAGCAUGUAAACGAAAAAUACGUCAGCCAAAACAGCAGUCAUUUGAAUACGAGUUCGAAACUGCCUCAGAAAUCGCCCAAAAUUUCUUACCCGCAACUUCAAGUAAGUCAAGUCAAAAAGAUGGUCACAAUAAGCGAAAAUGCGAUAAAAAAUCCGCUACUACGCCAGAGGGGGUCCGUUCAAAGAAGAAAAAAACAUAGUGACGAGCAAACGUUUUUUGCCAAAGAACAGUAUGAAAGUGAUGACGAAGUUACUAUAAUUCAUGCAAAUUCAAGUAAAACAUGGCAGUUUAAGUGACAGUCAAGAUGAUUUAAGUUCCACCGCGUCUAAGGUUGAGAACGAUGUAGAAUAUUGUAAAAGAAAAAGCCUUACAAAGCAGUUAGUAAAAGAAUGGCGACUGGUACCUAAUUCAACUUCAUGAGUCAAUGGAGAUUCUUUAUUUAAAAAUGGCAGAUACGCAAGGACGUCAGCCAAACAACGACAAAGAUAUGAGAGAUGGUCUUCUAGAUCGUCUGAGGCUCGCAAGUCUACUUCGCUACGAUGUGUAGAAAAAAAUCACAAAUCAAGAGAAGAAAUUGCAGAAGAUUGAUGAUCAGUGGAGAAUUGAAGCCUUGUUUUUGCUGUGGCGAAUCUGAUAGAGAGACCUACAUAAAACUUGGAAGGUGGAUCCGUCACAAUGUUAGAAAAUAUCAUUGUUACAGUGAGUUCAACUUUUUUCCAGCAAUGACACUCCAGUGAAUUGCUGUUGACCGAUGUUCUUGCAUCUAUCCGUUUGCCAAAAUAGUAAAGAGUAUUAAUUCGGAAUCAUAUUAGCCUGAUUUUUCAUAUCGUGUUUCAGGUAGAAGAGAGAUAGUUAAAAUUGUUGCCGCAUACCUGGACAGUUUGACGGUAAAUUAGCAUCAUCUCUCAACAUCUUCGAACUUGAUAUUUGCUAUAUUGCUAUCCAAAUUGCGGCUACCUGCAAUUUUUAUACGAGCUAGUACAAUAUUAGUACAAUAACUGCAAUAUUCCAUAUCAUGUUUCUUUUUACCUUGUACUUUUGACUGAAAUUCAUUGAUCACUAUGUUUCGAUCCAAUCUCAUUUAUUCUUAGCAAAUAACUUUAUUUGGUCCAGUAUUCAGUAGCAUAGAUUAUAAGGACCAGUUGAAGAUAUUAAUUUUUUUGUUUGUCAGUAUUUAUUUUUUUUAAUUAGUUUAUCGUUCCAGUGUUCAGUGAUGAAGAUUGUAAGGACGAGUUGGAGAUUUUUUAUUUUUUUAUUUUUCACUCAUUGUUGCUACUCACUCAUCUUCCUCUCAUCUCAAUGAUGCCAGCGACAGAACUUCGUUAGUGAUGUACAUUUCUUGCAGUAUGUGAUGUGUAUAAUCACACUGAAAUGUAAAUAAAUCUUAAAUAGCCACCUAGUCAUAAAAACAUUAUGUCCCAACUAUGUUAUUGUUCUGAAGCGUACGUGUGUGAAAUUUAUCGAUGCAUUAAACUAUUUCAUCUAUGAAA